GCCCCUGGUUUUCACUCUCUCAACUCUAUUUCUCUUUCACCUUUAACCCUAAGACCAAAACCAAACCCUCCCUUUUAUAUACCCUCUUCUUCUCAUUCCUGCUCCUUCAUCAUCGCAAUCAUCCACAGAGGUGGUUUUCGCUUUCAAAUCUCUGUGACACCAAAAAGAACCAUAAAAAACAGUGUUUUUUACCUACUGUUGCUCUGCUUUUUUUCCUCUGUUUCUGUGUGUUCGUCCUUGGGGCGGUUAAAUUUCUUGUUUUGGGUGAUACCCAGAUCGAGUUUUGACGUGUUUAAGAGGUUUAUGAAAUACCCAUCUCGAGUUGGAGGGGUGUUUUGUUGGGUCUGUGUUGAGUCCUCUGUUUUGGAAGGAAUUAAAGGUUGUGUUUUUUUGAAUGGGUAUUGAGACGAACUUGGUUGAUUUGAAAGGGAAAGAGUUUAGUGAAUUGCCCUCGGUUACUGAGAAUUCGAAUAAGAACAGCAACGCCAAUUCGAAAUCAAUUACGAGCACGAAUAAGAAUAACCAGUCAAAGAAGAACCGGCGACGGCAUAAGAAGAUGUUGUUGCCGGUUCAGAAGCUUUACGACACUUGCAAGGAUGUGUUUGCCUUUGGUGGGGCCGGGGUUGUUCCCUCUCCCGAGAAAAUCGAACGGCUACGUUCAGUUUUGGAUAACAUCAAGCCAGUGGAUCUUGGCCUGAAUCAAGAUAUGCCACAUUUCAGGAACUCAGUAGCCCGAAGAAAUCCUGCUAUAACAUACUUGCAUCUUCAUGAAUGUGACAAAUUUUCUAUGGGGAUCUUCUGCUUGCCACCAUCAGGUGUCCUUCCUCUCCAUAAUCAUCCUGGAAUGACUGUUUUCAGCAAGCUUCUCUUUGGGACAAUGCAUAUCAAAUCAUACGACUGGGUGGCUGAUGGCCCGUGCAACACAUCUUCUUCUAUUGUGAAUCCCUCAGAAAUUCAACAUCCUGAAAUGCGGUUGGCAAAGGUUAAGGUUGAUUCUGACUUUACUGCCCCUUGCAACGCCUCAAUUCUCUAUCCUGCUGAUGGAGGCAACAUGCACUGCUUCACCGCAGUGACAGCCUGUGCAGUGCUGGAUGUGCUUGGUCCUCCAUAUUCCGAUCCUGAUGGCCGGCAGUGCACAUACUACUUAGACUUUCCAUUCACGAAGUUUUCAGCUGAUGGUGUAUCAGUGCCGGAAGAGGAAAAAGAAGGUUAUGCAUGGCUUCAAGAGAGGGAGAAACCUGAAGACUUGGCUGUAGUUGGAGCACUAUACAGAGGUCCAGCGAUAGUGGAGCAUUGAUCUGGUUGUCUACAUCUUUCCUUCCAUGUUGUUAAUGGCUGCUUCCAGUUCUGUGCAGCUUAGAACUUUUCUGUCAUUUUCUUUUUAUGUGUUUGUUUCUUCUUUCUCAGUUUUUUUUCUUUUUUCAUUUGGUGGGUCAUGAGGCACUUGUUGCUGCUUUUUCAUUCUACAGUUCUGUACAUAAAAGGGAAAAAAAGAAAAAAGAAAAAAAAAAGUAACGAAAAGAGAAGUGUUGUAAGUGUGCACCGGAAGAAGUUGUAGCUCAAUGAAUGAGUAAAUGUUAAAAGUGCACUUUUUCUUUUCUGCA